UCCCGGUCCGGCGGCGCCCCGCCCGCCCCAGCUUGCUCCUCCCGCCGCCCGCGGGGACCUCAGCGGCUUCCCCAGAGCCAUGGAGCCUGCGACGCGCCCGGGGACCGAACCCAGAACCGACGAGAGCCUGGGUCAGGAGAGGGAGCCAGAGCCAGGCUGCUCCAGGCCAGAACUGAGGCUUCUCCUCUUAGGGAGAAGUGGUGUAGGAAAAAGUGCCACUGGAAACACUAUUCUGGGCAGAUCCAUGUUUGUGUCCAAAUUUAGUAACCAGAUGGUGACGAAAGUGUGCCAGAGAGAGAGUAGGGCCACAGGAGAGGGGACACUUGUGGUCAUCGACACCCCCUACCUUUUCUCCUCAAUGUCUCGGGCCGAAGACAAGCAACGCAACAUUGAGCGCUGCCUGGAGCUCUGUGCGCCCAGCCUGCACGUCCUGCUGCUGGUCAUUGCCAUCGGCUGUUAUGAGCUGGAGGACAAAGAGGUGGUCUGUGGCAUCCAGGAGGUGUUUGGAGCCGAAGCCAGGAGGUACAUGAUUGUUGUCUUCACUCGGAAGGAUGAUUUGGAGGGAGACUCAGUGCAAGAUUACAUCGAAGGGUUAGAUUCCCUCAGGGAAUUAGUUGAAAACUGUGGAGGCCGAUACUGUGCUCUGAACAACAAGGGGAGCGAGGAGGAGCGGGUCGGCCAGGUGAGGGAGCUCCUUGGCAUGGUGCAGCGUCUGGUGGGUGAAAAUGGAGGACCCUAUAUCAUGAAGUUCAGAAACCAAGGCGGUGGAUUCCUGGAUAGCGUGAAUGGAGCCGCGUCUCAGAAGGAGGAUAAGCCACAUGGGGGAGGGGAGUCGCAGCGUCAGGCCACAGGAUAUGAGCCCAACCCUGGGAUUCACGAACUGAAGGUCCUGCUUGUGGGGAAGCGUGGAGCCGGGAAAAGCGCAGCUGGGAAUAGCCUUCUGGGGAAGCGAGUCUUCGAGACCAAAUUCAGUGAAGAGUCAGUCACCCGGAGGUUUGUGUUGGAGUGCAGAAUCUGGAGAGAGAGAAGAGUUGUGAUCAUUGAUACUCCAGACAUCUCAUCUUCAAAGGAUAUUAAGGCUGAGCUCCGGAGACACGUCUUUGGGGGCCCCCACGCCUUCCUGCUGGUGACCCCGCUGGGCUCUUUCUCCAAGAAAGAUGAGGUGGUACUGGACACCCUCCAAGCCAGUUUUGGAGACAAAUUCGUGGAGUACCUGAUCAUUCUCUUCACCAGGAAAGAAGACCUGGGGGAUCAGGAUCUAGAGAUGUUCUUGAAAAGCAGAAAUACAGCUCUCUGCAAGCUCAUCAAGAAGUGCAAAGACCGGUACUGCGUCUUCAAUUACAGGGUGACAAGAGAAGAGGAGCAGCACCAGGCAGAGGAGCUCCUGCAAACAGUCGUGAGCCUGGUGCAGCAGCACGGGGACAGGCCCUGCACUUUCAGAGAGGAAGAGCCCCUGAGUCUUGUCCUGGUGGGGAAGAGCGGCCCUGGGAAGAGCGCCACGGGCAACACCAUCCUCGGCAGGCCCGACUUCCUUUCCCAGUUCCGAGCGCAGCCAGUCACCAAGACGUGCCAGAGCAGCAGGAGGCUGUGGGGCCAGCAGGAGGUCGUGGUGGUGGACAUGCCCUCACUGUGCCUGAUGGCCAGUGCGGAGGGGGGUCCGUCCCAGCUAGAGGAGGAAGUCAGACGCUGCUGGUCCUGCUGUAAAGAAGGGAACAAGAUCCUGGUCCUGGUGUUCCAGCUGGGCUGGUUCACUCAGGAGGACAAGAGGGCCGUGAAGGAAUUAGAAACCAUCUUUGGAGAGGAAGUUUUGAAGUACACGAUUGUGCUGUUCACUCGGAAGGAAGACCUGGAGGUGGACAUUGCAGAUUACAUCAAGAACGCAGAAAACAGAACCCUUCAGAACAUAAUCAAAAGGUGUGGGGGGCGAAUUUGUGCUUUUAAUAACAAAGAAACUGGCCAAGCCAGGGAAGACCAGGCAGCAGUUCUUCUGACAAUGGCCAAUCAGCUGAUAGAGAGACAUGGGGGGCAUGGGUACCCCCAGAAGUGGGAGAACAUUAGCAAAACCAUUAAAAAUGUCCAGGACAAGCACCAGCCCAAACAUUUACUAAAGAAUUUAAAAGAAAUUUUACUGUAGAUACCCGACUUGCUUGGGAGGCUCUGUAAGUUAGACACCCUCAGUUGGGGACGGGGCAGGGUGGGACUGGUGGGAUGGGAGGAAGGUCCUUGACUUUGGGGGCUGGGAAGACACUACAGAUCUCCCAGCACUGUGUAAGUAAAUGAAUCCUCAGGCUGGGCCAGGGCUCAUUAAGGAGAAAGAAGAAAUGAGGCGAGGCAGGGAAAUCUAGAAAGAGGCUUCAGAGAUUGCAUGGCUUUGAGGAUCAGAAUUAAGUCACAUGAAUCACGUCACCCGUGUACAUACAUUGGAGUCAGGACACACACUGUGACUGAGGCCAAGGCCAGCCUAGGGUCAAAUAGGGAGAAAUACACAAGGAAGGACCGGGGGAUCCAGAUACAGGAGCAGCGAGCAAUGUCCAGCCAAUGCCUGGCUUGGGAAAGUGGAGAAGCUGGACUUGUGUGGGCCUCUAGGGGGCUAGGCCUGCUGGCGACCUGAGGUACCUUGUUACCCCCUGGGGCAGGACUCAGAUCUAGAAUGGUCCUUUCCUCACGGGGGUGGGGUGGGGUGGGUGGUGGAUAUUCGUCAGUGUUGUCUUCAUUCCAACCUGAAUGGAAGGUGGGACCCAGUCUACUCCGCUUCCUCGUCCCUUAGGAAAGGAACACGAGUCUGGGCGGUUUCAAAGUAUUUUAUUGCUAACCAUUGCGCUGAAAUAGAGAAGAACAAAAUUCCUAGACACAGUCAAGUUGUCGAGAUUAGACAAUCUCGCCAAGUUCCAGCAUUCUAGAUAGAAUUCUAGGUUGCCUCUAGAAAAGUUCAUUCAAGACUCCUUUGCACAUUCCUCUUUUUUUCAUCCCCGAGGGUUAGGAAUUAGGGUAAAGCUCAGAGAACUCAAGUGAUAAUGUCUUGAACCCCGUAGGAGCACACUGUAUCUCACAUCAGGAAGUCAAGGGGGAGGCACUCUGAGGCCGGUGUGACAUCCACGCUCUAGCCUCGGAGGUGUGUGGCCUCUGCACUUCCGGUCACUUUUUGGUUCCAGGCUGGUGGUGCUCUGCAGUGGCUGAGCAGAUUAUGUUGAGGGCUGCCUGGUGCAGGCCAUAGAUGAGAUGAGAACUAUGGGGUCUUCUCCCAGGUAGGUGUGGUUGGAUGUUCUCAACAUUAACCAUUUCAUGUAUGUGUUGAGGACAGGAUCUAUUUCAUCCGCUUUUGUUUUUUGAAAGUAUCAGUUGCCUUCAAGUUUAACCUAUUUAUCAGAGCACAGACUGUCCCCAUUAAUCGUGUUGUACUCUAUGUAACUCUAAAUAUGACAGAUUCUGGAACAUGUGUGUAUACAUAUAUUCAAGUUGAGUGAAAUAAUA